AUGGCGCCACGAAAAUCAGAAAAGCCGAUUCAAACCGCACCUAAACGGUCAUCUGAUUCUCAUUUCAAUCAAAUGUCACGGUUAAACAGUUGGAAUGGAAACUCAGUUUAUCCAUCGAAUUCUCAACCGAAUACUUCCGUUAUUGGGCAACGACGAUUCAAGUCAUUAGAUUCAAGUCAAUUGGUCCGAUCGAAUACAGGAAGAAAUAAUGAAAUGAACAAAACUACAACUACAACUACAAACUCAGAGUUUAAGUACGGCAUCUUUUACAAGCUGUUUGAGAAUGGCUUGAGUCAAAAUUUUCGAUCCAUUACCAUUAAUCCUUAUCCAAGAUCAUUAACCCAAGAAUAA